CAUACUUACGAAGUAUGAUUAAAAACGUGUGCGCUACGAGAUAAGUCAAAUAAUGUGCAUUAUAUUUUAAAUAUUAUUGCAAAAGUAUAGUUAUUAAGCAUUUACAUUAUAGACUAUUUUUUUUGUCGAAUAAUUAUUUGAACCCAUAUUAUGGCAAAAUUUAAGUUGAAAAAACCUUCGAAGCGUCAACCAGCACGUCUACGUUAUAAAAUUGAGAAAAAAGUUAAAGAACAUAAUAGGAAAGUAAAAAAGCAAACAAAAAAGCAACCAAAGUCAAAAAAAGCAAAGCCUAUUCAGAUUCCAAACGAGUGUCCAUUCAAAGAAGAUAUUUUGAAAGAAGUGGAAGCAGUUAAGAAGCAUAAAGAAGAAGAACGACAGAAGAGGAGAGAACUUGCUAAACUUGAAAAACAAAAGAACCUGGAGGAGAAGAAAAAUGUCUCUGGUAACAUGAAUACACUUGUAGCCAAUGCAGAAGCAAGAGGUAAAGUUCAUGAUGCAUUCAAAACCAAUGAAGAUGUUGAUGAUGAUGUAGGCAAAGACAGGCAGCAAGAAAAUUCUUUAAAGACCUACUACCGGGAAUUUAAGAAAGUUAUAACAGAAGCAGAAGUUAUCUUGGAAGUUGUUGAUGCUAGGGAUCCUUUGGGCACCAGAUGUGUCCAAGUAGAAGAAGCAGUUAGGGAAUCGGGCAAACGUCUAGUCAUAGUUUUGAACAAGGCCGACUUAGUACCCCGUGAUAAUCUUACUGCCUGGCUCAAGUAUUUAAGAAGAUCAGCCCCGGCUGUCCCUUUUAAGGCAUCUACACAGGAUCAGCAACACAAUUUGGGGCGGAAGAAAAUGAAGCACAUUGUUAAGGAGAAAGAAAUGAAAGGUUCAGCAUGUGUAGGUGCAGAGUUGCUGAUGAGUCUCCUGGGUAACUAUUGUCGUAAUAAGGGUAUAAAGACCUCAAUAACAGUUGGUGUUGUUGGUCUUCCCAACGUUGGCAAGAGUUCUAUUAUCAACAGCUUGAACCGGUCUCGGGCCUGUAAUGUUGGGAGCACACCUGGUAUUACAAAACAAAUGCAAACUGUACAACUGGAUUCAAAGAUUAAAAUACUCGACAGUCCCGGAAUAGUGUUCCACAGUGGUUCUGAGACUGAUGCCACGGUAGCUCUGAAGAAUGCGAUCAAAGUAGGAGCUUUGAAGGACCCAACAACACCUGCAAAUGCUAUACUUCAACGGGCAAAUAAACAUACUCUAGUCGCAUUGUAUUGUAUACCGGAAUUUAAUACACCACAGGAAUUUUACGCCAGCGUCGCCUCCCGGAUGGGUCGGUACAAGAAAGGCGGUGUACCAGACCAAGAAGCAGCAGCGAGGAUACUUUUAAAUGACUGGAAUACGGGAAAGGUCCGAUAUUUCACAGAGCCACCAGAGUUAUUAGAUUCCGAAGUGCACGUGGAUGCGAAAAUUGUGUCAACGCUUGCGCAGGAGUUCGAUAUCAAUUCCUUUGAGGCAAUGGAGACUGAGGCCAUUAAUUCUCUUAAUGUGCCAGUCGCUGAUGGUGCAAUCAAAAUAACAAGCACAGGACCAGUCAAAGCAGUAGACGAAAUGCAAGUAGACGAAGACACAACUCUUCUACCUCGUUCCGUGAAUAUUCGCCCAAAAUUGGAUAAAACUAACAAAAAUGAAAGAACGAAGAAAGAUCCCGAAAUGCAAAUUGAGGGCAACACUAAACUGAAUCAAAUAAGAAAAAUGCAAUUUAAAAAGGAUAAAAAGAAAAGGGCGAAGAACGAAAAGAAAGCCGUCGAAUUGGCAGAUGUAUUGGAGACUGUCACAUUAACGUCAAUAAACAAAGAUGACUACAGUUUUAAAGAAGACUUUUCUUUGUAAUUAAAUGUUUACGUGUUUAA